GAUAAACUGUUUAACAUGUUAUCGUCCUAAAUUUGAUAUGGACGUAACAAACAACUGCAACUUUCUUCUAGUAGUCUACAGGGAAAUUGAAUUAUGUAUGAUUUAUUUGCCAGGGUUCAUCCGAGUUAACAGUACGAGUGUGCUUUGAUUUUUCAGAUCGCUAGUGACUAAAGAGAUCUAAAUUUACCUGAAUCACUCAUGUGAAUAUGUGAUAUAACCCGAUUGUUAUUGAACAUAAAACACGUCGUAAUUUAUAGUAAUAAAAUUUCGUUCACUUUGGACAAGGACAUGAUAUAUACACAUGGGUCAGAAGGGCAGCAGCAUCUCAAAUACGAAAGGAAACAAACUAGAACCUCAAGUUAAUCCACAGAGUAACCAGUAUGAAUGGUUUAAAUUUAUUUGUGACAGUUCAGAAGAGAAUAUUUUUCGAUUUCUCAAAGAAAACUCUUCGAUAAUAAAUACCCCUAUGAGAUUUAAUGUAUAUAAAGAUUUGCGAUCUGGUGAAAUGUGUUCCUGUGCGUUCUACUUAGAGCAAGGAUUACUUCCGGAGUCGAUGGGUUCCACGUCAGCUGUGAGGGUUCUAGGAAAGUGUAUUCUGUGUGGCAUGUGUCCUCAUGUUAUACUGGAUUUGUGUGGUGAAACCGACAUUUUGAAAAUCCCAUCUUUUACAGAAGCAAUUUUUGAACAAGAUGUCAAAAUAAAAGGCCCAGUAGAAGACCGAGCUUAUGGUGGUCUUUAUCUAAUACAUGUACUUAUUAUUAUUGGCAAAACAGAAAAAUUGAAUGAAAUUAUGUCUCAUUUUAAGCUAAUGUUUACAGGAGGCUCCAUGGAGUUGACUAUGAUAACAGAUGUUCAUUAUUUUACGCCAUGUUAUUUAACACUUGUUUAUAACCAAACUAAAUGUCUAUUUGAUCUACUACAGUAUAACGAGAAGAUGAUUGAGUAUUGGCACUGUGAAAAAAGUACAGAAAAUGCUGAUCAUAAUAAUCCAUGCACUUUAAUGGUGUCCUGUGUUAAAAUGGACAGACAUGACAUUUUGGACAUGUUGUUAUCAAGAUUUGACCGAACUCCGUCUCUUCACACAAGAUAUCUUGAACGUAUUUAUUGGACAGAAAAAAACACAGCACUGGACUAUGCAGUUGGACAUCGGAAAAUUGAAAGUAUGAGAAUUCUUACUAAAUAUAACUCAACAGUUGAUACACAGAGACAAAAUGUACGGAAAGCGGCGGAUCUAUGUGUAACCAAUAAUGAUAUGAAAUUGAUGCGUGCAUUUCUUGAGUUAAAAAGUAAAAAGGAGUUCGAAGUAUGUCCUAUCUUCAACUUAAUCGCAAAAGGUUCUCUUGAAAUGAUAACACUUAUUCUUCAAGCCCUUCAAAAGAAGAAAACAUUAUUCGGAAGUAUCAGUUCUGAUGUGAUAAAUGUUGCUGGGAGGAAAGGAAAUGACCUUUUAGUGGAUGCAUUGUUUCUUCACGAUGCCCAGAAAGUUAAGAAACUGUUAGACUAUGGUUUUAACAGCAAUACAUUCUUUAAUGGAUUCAGUUUGUUGUGUUGGGCUCAAAUUUUGGGUCUGGAUGAUAUAAGUCACCUUUUAGUGGCCACAGAUGGUAAAUGUUUUCGAGAUAAACAUUCACAAGACUGUUGUUUGUUUCUUGGUGUUAUUUCACAUCCUUCAAAUACAUUAGUUCAUGUUAUGUCUUUGGUAGAACAAGAUUGUGAUGUGGAUUACUGCAGCUUGAAAUGUACAUUUCCUUUAAUGAUGGCCGUUCGUUACCAGAAAUUCGAGGUUUUUGAGUGCUUACUCAGACAAGGAGCACUGAGUAACAAUCCAAGUCUUUUCACCGAGAAUUAUUUGCCUUUUAGGAUUCUCAUGAAAUUUAUAGUAAUACUCAUUAAAGAAAAUGGAGAAUUAAAUUUAGAGGAAAAUUUGUCCCUUUUAAAGUCAAGAACUGCACGUAAUGCAUAUAUACCACUCCUAAGGAUGGUACUGCAGACAACAUGCAAAGUUUCCUUUGAGACAUUAAAGGAUCUAUCAAGUAACUGUAAAGAUAAAAAACUUAUUGAAAUUAUUUAUGAUAAAGUUCUUCCACCAAAACUAAUGCAAGCUUGUAGAAACUCCUUGCGUCAACAUUAUGGACAAUUUUUGUGGAAAUACAUUGAAUAUAUAGAGAAUACUAUUCCCAAGAGACUAGUGAGAUAUUUACAGUGUUUAGAUGUCAUAGAGGAUUCUUAUGAAGAAAACGAAAAUACAUUAGAAAUGAUUGGACUGAAUUAAGACAUGUUUUCCUCAAAUGUAUUAUUACUAAGGAAAUUAAUUUUUCUCAUUGGUUAGAAGUAAGUACAGAAAUUUCCUUCUCAAAAUCAAAAGUAAAAUAUUUCAUCUGUGAUUUUCUAAACCUUUUAAGAGGGAAACUAGCUAUUUAUCACAAAAAUGUUAUAACAAUAGUUGUGUUUUCGACAUUAGAACUAAAAAGCCACAAUUCAGGAUUUCUAUUAAGAAUUGUAGAUCUGAAAUAUAUAUAAAUACAUCAUAUAUAUAUUAUGGAA